AUGUCACAGACAGAGGCCGAUCCCAUUCUCCUCUCGGUAAGUCUAUGCGGUGGGCGAGUCCGAGUGAUGCAGAGUGUUAGUCGCGCUUGGCCGCCCUGCUGACGCUGAUCCCUUUGUCCGGGCAGCUGUUCGCCGCUCGCUUCAUGGCAGUGGCCGAGACGAUGGGCAGAUCACUACAGCAGACUUCUAUCUCGACCAACAUCAAGGAGGUGAGCUGCCUUGUAUCUCUCUCGCUGGACCACACGCUCAUCGCUUGGAGUUCAUCUCUGCUCCUUGUUUAGCGUCUCGACUUUAGCUGCGCACUAUUCUCUCCCAAUGGCGACUUGGUCGCCAACGCCCCACAUCUGCCUGUCCAUCUUGGUGAGUCGACUUAGCCACAGCACCGACUAUCGCGCCGACACGGCGGCUGAUAUCCAUCUUCUUCUUCGUGAAGGCUCCAUGAGCUUCGCGGUGCGCUAUCAGAUUGAAAGGGCAAAGAGCGGAGAGCCUAUCGAGGAUGGGGAUGUGAUUCUGGCGAAUCACCCCGCUGCUGGUGGAAGCCACUUGCCGGACAUUACAUGCAUCACACCAGUAUUUGAAGAGCGAGGCAAGGAUCUCAUCUUCUUCACUGCCAGCAGAGGGCACCAUGCUGGUGAGUCUGGGCGGCUUUCACUCGACAGAGAAGGGUACAGGCGCACACCUGAGCUGUAUGCCCCUCUCACCCAAUGUAGAUAUCGGUGGCAUCCUGCCCGGCUCCAUGCCGCCCACAUCCAAGACGUUGUUUGAAGAGGGAGCACAAAUCAAGUCUUUCAAGCUUGUGCGCAAAGGCGAGUAUGACAGAGAUGGGCUUGUAAGGCUCAUGAGCGAAGAGCCUGCCAAAUACGAAGGCUGCUCGGGCACUCGCUGCUUUAGGGAUGUGGAAAGCGACCUGCAUGCACAGAUCGCUGCCAAUCGAAAGGGAGUGCAGCUCAUCCAGAUGCUGGUGGAUGAAUGGAGUCUAGAGACUGUGCAAAGAGUGAGCGUCCAUUCCGUCCCUUGAUUGCUUGAAAGCCUCCUGACCCCAAACUCCUCGAUGGCGCAGUACAUGACUGCGAUCCGCGACAACGCAGCGCUCGCAGUGCGAAAUCUCUUGAGAGACGUUGCCAAGCGCAAUGGCACCGAGCUCUGGGCUAGAGAUUACAUGGAUGACGGUGAGUUGCUUGAUCGCACGAUUUCACAGUUCCCUGCUUAGUGUACGUCUGCUCGCAUGCAGGCUCGCCGAUCGAGCUACGUGUUACCAUCGAUACGGAGGAGGGGUCAGCAGUCUUUGACUUUGAAGGCACCGGCCCGGAGGUGCAAGGCAACCACAAUUGUCCACGAUCAGGUCAGACACAGCACUCAAAAUCUAUGAGCAUUGAAUUCCUGCGAUGCUGAAUCCUUACUUCACUUAUUGCUUUCUUGGACAGUCUCUCAUAGCGCCAUCAUCUACUGCCUGAGAAGCAUGGUGUCCAACGAUAUUCCUCUCAAUCAAGGAUGUCUUGAGCCCAUCAGAGUCAAGAUCCCCAAAGGCAGCUUGCUAGACCCCAGCGACUCUGCUGCAGUGGUCGGAGGUAAUGUGUUGACGAGCCAGCGCAUCACGGACGUCGUUUUGAAAGCGUUCAAAGCGGCUGCUGCAAGUCAAGGGGACUGCAACAAUCUCACCUUCGGUUUGGGAGGCAGGAAGCCUGAUGGUACGCAUGUGGAAGGAUUUGGGUACUACGAGACCAUUGCUGGCGGAAGCGGUGCUGGACCAGACUGGCACGGAACCAGCGGCGUGCACACACACAUGACCAAUACGCGCAUCACGGACCCAGAGAUCAUGGAACGUCGGUAUCCCCUCGUCCUAAGACAGUUCGCUCUGCGCGACGACUCAGCCGGUGCUGGAAAGUAUAGAGGAGGAGAAGGUGUCAUUCGGGACAUUGAAUUCUUGAUGCCGGACAUGCAAGUGAGCAUCCUCAGCGAGCGUCGCGUCUACCAUCCGUAUGGACUGGAAGGUGGGCAGUCUGCUGCUUGUGGUAAGAACCUGUGGAUCAAGCAGAGAAGGCAAGCGGACGGAGAUGUCAUCGAAGACGACGAAGAGGAGAAUACGCGCCCCCGCACCAUCAAUCUUGGAGCCAAGGUGAGCAGCCGCAGGGACUGCGCUGGCCACCAAGAGAUUGUGCACUGAUCAACUUCUUCUGCUCAACCAUCUGUCUCUGUACCAGACCACAACGAAGAUGGGCAGGCUGGACAGGAUCGUAAUUCACACGCCGGGCGGAGGUGGUUGGGGUACCCCGGACAAUGAGGAUGCGGCUCAGCAAGAUGGCGCGCGGGACCACACGUAUGGCGGCCAGCGCGGUAGUCUGGUGGAGAGACAAAGUGCUCAGCUUGGUGCUUGA